UUUCCCUUUCCGUUUCAAAACCCUAGCCGCCUCAUUGGUUCUCUUCUCUCUCAUCGUCAUCGAGGCCAUUUUUGGCAAAGUUGCAGACGCCUUUUGCUUUUUACAGUCUUGUAUGGCCUCAACGGGUAAAGCAUUCAAUGCUUUCACCCGUUACCACCACGAAUCGACCAAACGGUGUGUUAACAGGCUAAUUUACUUAUUUUUUGGUAUUUUUAUUAUGUAUUCAAUGGUCUAACACUCCAAUCCUUUAAUGGUUCUUGUUUGUUUGAGAUUUUGAAUUUUGAGAUCUUAUUGGUUCGCGAUGAACUUUUCAGAUUUGGGUUUAGUUGAUCGAAUCAUGACCCUUGAUGUAUAGUUGACCCAAUCUUGACCCUUCAACACCAAAAAGUGUGAGGAAAAUCCCCAACUUGGAGGACCUCAUCGGGUGAUUUGAGAUUUUAAGGGUUUAAGGGGUUCUAUAAAUAGGGUCUUAUAUUUUUCAGAAAAUAUGAUCGGAAAAAAUUUCUUUAGUUUGCAUAAUACUAAGAAUAUCACUGGUUUUUUGAACUUCGACUUGAAACCCUUUUAAAAUUCUCGGCAGGUUUAAAGUUAUUUAUAUAUAAAAUCUUCUCUUGAGUGUUCUUGUUCGCUGGGAGCGUUUGAAGUAGAUUUCCAAGUUCUAUCUCUUCGAGGCUGUGCCUUAGAAAGGAAUUCCCUCUUUUCAUUUCUGAGUCACUUCUCUACAAAUACAAGGAUUGGGCUGAGGCCCAAUCUUGCUUCUGCCAGAGUGGAAAUUGGCUGUUUGCAAGGGAAGCUGGGUUCUUUUGCGAAGGCCCAACAUGGGUAAAAACUGGGAAGACCCAACUAUGGGUGAAAAUAGUGUUAAUAGAAUCUUUCCAUUACCAUCAAGCAUGAUUCUACCAAAAUUCAUUGCGCCGAGAUUUGUGGGUGGUGGUGUAUUUGUGAUUUCCCAAUUUGAGUAGCGAAAAAUAUCAAGUAAUGGCGGAUGAAAGCAUAUCUAGUAGGGUUACGAGAGGCCUCCAAAUUCCUAGUUAAACAUUCCCCCACUCAACCGAUACGUUAUGCUUCAUAUAUGAACCAUACCAUUAAAGAUGAGUUGCAGGAGAAACUUACCGAUAGACAAUUCUAGCUUUUUUCCAAAACUUUUUUUGGAAAAUAUAUGCAGAUGCAAGUUGACACUGAGGUUCAGGGUCAGUUGUUUAGGUGUUUUAUGGUUAGGGAGUUGAAGCGUAGCAAUAGUGAUGCGUUUGUUAUCGAUAUUAAUGGGACGGAAUUGACAUUCGGUCUUUUUGAGUUUGCAUUAAUUACUGGUUUGAAGUGUUAUGGUGAGGAAAUUGUUUUUGACGAGGGUCGCAACAGACUGUUGGAAGAAUAUUUCGGUGGUUCUGGUAAUAGUGUUUUAAAGAUGACUUUAAAUAAGUGCUUUGAAGACAAGGAUUGGAGUGUUGGUGAUAACGCAGAUGAAGAUACUGUAAAGAUUGCGAUCCUUUAUUUCAUUCAUAAUUACAUACUUUCCAGUGAAAAAAGGAGCGUCACAGUCCCAAGACAUCAUUUUGACUUGGUAGAGAGUGGACGGUACAAAGACUAUACAUGGGGUAAGGAAGCAUUUGAUGAUUUGAUUAAGAGUAUUCACCACAAGAUGGACAGGCCAAAACAGUUUUACUGUUUACGGGGUUUUCCUUUUGCUAUGCAAGUGUGGAUAUAUGAGUGUUGAUCUACUAUUGACUCUAAUUUAGCGGUUAAAACUGCAAGCCGAAUCCCAAGAUUGUUCAACUGAAAAACAGUGAACCCAAAGCCAUUAGUUAACUACUUGAUGACGGGCAUGUUUAAGGACGGAGUAUCUAAGGACAUUCUUAACUUUAAAGAUAUUGUUCUUACCAUGUCAGAGGUUGAGAAGCUUGGUCUGCAAUCCAUACUUGAUCAACAGAUCUGCACCACCACCUCAAAUACACCAAGAGGAAGAUGAAUAUGCGAAACUUAGCACAACACCACCCCAUGUUGCUGCUGCCAAAAAAACUCAAAAGAAGGAUGCAUCAAAAUCUCCACUGCACAAGAAGCCUAGGAAGAUGUCAACGGCACCAUUGCUUGUGCAGAAGUCACCAACCCCAAUCCCAAAAAUGGAUACCCAUGCUAAAGUUGGACAAUCCUCUAAAAAAUCUGCUUCGGUGGCAGAUAAGCCUCUUCAAUCAAAGGAUAAAGAAAAAGCUACUCCAAGUGUCCACCAUGCUCCGGUUGACGACAUAUCUACCAGCAAAUCAGAUGACGUCAAAAGUUUGAGGGAGGAACUUAAUCAAUUUAAGCAGGAAAAUGUUUUUACUGAGCUCAAUUCGCAAAGUUAUUGAUGAAAACUUCGAAAAGGUUUUGGAACAUGUCAAAGGGAAUCAAGAUUCAGCAAAGUGAUGACAGCGGAACUCAUGUUCCUUUACCUGAUGGCACCAUACAUCAAGCAGCUGAUGAUUACAUAGACCAUGAGGAUGGUAUUCGCAUGGAGACUGAUACAGUUGAUGUACAUUCAACAAAGGAAAAGGGUCUUGCACUGGAUAUUCAAGUUGGUAUUGGCAAUGAGAGCGGCGAUAGGGUGAAAGUUUCAACUGAAGAGAUUGUGGAAGAAGGUGAUCUUUCAGGAGAACCCAAGACUUCAGUUGAACGUCCGGCUGAUCAAACAGGGAAAUAUACUAUGGAAGAGAAAAAACAUUUUGAUGAUUCAAAUAAUUCCGAGGUGAUCGCACAGGUGCUAGCAAAUAUAGCAGAAUCAGAAAUGGCUAAUGAACAAGUUCAAGAGGAAAAGACCGGGCAAAACACCAGCUCGACUGUCUUAGAGGAACCCCAGGCAGCAGUUUGUAACGCACAACCUUUAUCUCAGUGUUGUUGCCUGAUAAUUAUUACCCGAGCCAAACCCAGGGAAAGAAAUCAUUUUGCAUCCAUCAGUCCCUUGAGCUACACGCCCCAUUAAAUACAAGUCUUCACCAUUUGUGACAGAUUUUGAUAUGUAUUUAUUCAAGUUUCUAUUUUACUUGAUUGUUUUUUAAUACGCAACUGUUAAUGUUUAAAUAUAAAAUACACACGUAGUAGUUCGGGAACGAAUCAUGUUCCUGUGUUUGAUGAAAAAUAUCCAUUCCAGCAAGAUCCCAUUACUGGUCCACUUGAUGUACAAAUUGUUGAUGAAUAUCGUAAUUGGCUUCGUAAUGGUCUGCUUGUGAGGCAUGAUAGCAAGUAU